CUAGCCCGGAGUUACUAGCGCCAUGAUGUAGGAACCGCAGCGGCGUCCUCCUGACCUUCUCUUACUCAAGAUCCCUUUUGUUCUCUCGGGACGUCCGGAUAUUCGUCUGAGUGAAAUCUAUUUCUUCUUUCCUUCUCUCUGUCUGUCAGGAUCUAUUGCGGAUAGAAUGUCAUACGCGCUCCCAAAUCGUGCAUCUAUCUCCUCCACAAGCGAGCUUCGGCUUCAGCUGAAUACCUUCGAAGUUGAUGGAGUCGCCCUCGUCGGUAUCAGUAAUGGACAUACAUAUCAUUUCCAGGUUUUCAUCUACAAUCGCGCUCUUGACUGCAGCGUGAGCCUCAACUGUAAUCCUUCGUACGACUUUCGUGAUCCGGAUCAGGCGCGUGUCGACAUUGACUUCAAGACGAGUGCCUAUACCCAGUUCGAAGACAUUACACCCGGUCGGAUUCCUCCGUCCACUGGGCUUUUCGAUGUCAGUUUGAAGGCCUCCACGCAGGUAUGGAAGAUCUUCAACGUACUGUUCGACACUCUUAAGAGAGACCAAUACCGAUUUAAUAGUGGUUUAGGGUGUAGGCACUGGUGUGCUACUAUCCUUAGCGAUCUGGAGACGCAUGGCUAUGUUUCGCCUGGUGAUACCAUGAAGUUUGAGAUUUGGGAGGGAGCCAAGCACGCGGAAUUUGGUGCUGCAGUUUUCUUCCUGCCUCGCAUCCAGGGAGAUUUUUUUGAUCGAGCGCUGCCUAUCGACUUGAAUCUACAUCCUACGUGACUUGCUGUUCGACAGCACUCAGCGUUGAAGCUGGAUGUCUUACUACGUAUCUACGAGACAUUCACUUUAUACACGCUGCUAUGCCCCUAGUAGAUUGGCUUUCGUCAGCCGUAAACACGGUAGGAGGAUACACUACGGGUAGCAGCUUAAGCAAACUUUGAAUAAAAGCAGGAGCUUGUUCGUGCCAAUUUGGUCUAACGGCAAGCAAAAUAUGUUAGAAUACAAGAGUGCGGUUGUAGUUAUCUAUAAUAAGAUAUAACUCAGACUGGCACUCGUAAUGCGAGAG